GCCACUCUCUCUCGCCUUCUAAAGCGUAAAAGAUGACUUUCAAAGUUGCUGUAUUCGUUUCCUUAAUGGCUGGUGCCCUAGCUGACUCUGGCCCUAGAUACAGUCCUCCAACACCUUCCUACAAUACACCCGCUCCUACAUACAGCGCCCCUGCAGCUGCCCCUUCGGGACCUGCCCAGUACGACUUUAACUAUGCCGUGAAGGACGACUACUCCGGAAACGACUUCGGUCACCAAGAGAGCCGAAAUGGAUACGACACUCAGGGUACCUAUUACGUCCAGCUUCCCGAUGGUCGUCUGCAGACGGUGACUUACAUCGUAAACGGCGACUCCGGUUACGUAGCUGAAGUUUCUUACCAAGGAGAAGCCCAGUACCCAGCCCAGGAGCCUUCCAGGUCCUAUCAACCCGCUCCUACUCCGUCCUACCAGCCUGCUCCCACCCCUGCCUAUGGCUAAUCUUUUAUAAUGACAUCGAAGGUCCUCUAAAGCAGGAAUUAAUUAUAUGUAUAUGAUUGUUAAUAAAAUAUGGUGUAAAUAG